GGCGCCCGGCGGGGCUGCCCCAUGGUCUUGCGGGGGCCGUGGGGGAGCUGCGGGGGCCCCAGCGCGGCGCUCGCCCUCCUGCGCGCCCUCCGCACUAGGAUGUUGCGGCAGGUCUUGCACAGGGGGCUGGGGACGUCCUUCUCCCGGCUCGGCCACUUCGUCGCCAGCCACCCGGUGUUCUUCGCCUCGGCGCCCGUGCUCAUCUCCAUCCUGCUGGGCGCCAGCUUCAGCCGCUACCAGGUGGAGGAGAGCGUGGAGCACCUCCUGGCCCCCACGCACAGCCUGGCCAAGAUCGAGAGGAACCUGGUGGACAGCCUUUUCCCGGUGAACCGCUCCAAGCACCGGCUGUACUCCGACCUGCAGACACCGGGGAGGUACGGCAGGGUGAUCAUCACCUCCUUCCGCAAGGCCAACAUGCUGGACCAGCACCACACCGAUCUCAUCCUCAAGUUGCACUCUGCUGUGACCAGGAUCCAAGUUCAAAGACCUGGUUUCAAUUACACGUUUGCCCAUAUAUGUAUCCUGAACAAUGACAAGACAUGCAUAGUGGACGACAUAGUGCAUGUCCUGGAGGAAUUAAAGGCUGCUCGUUCUUCUAAUCGAACUAAUUUUGCAAUCACUUAUCCGAUUACUCACUUAAAGGAUGGCAGGGAAGUGUAUAACGGGCAUCAGCUUGGUGGGGUUACUGUGCACAGCAAAGACCGGGUGAAGUCUGCAGAAGCCAUUCAGCUCACCUACUACUUGCAGGCAAUCAACUCCUUGAAUGACAUGGUGGCAGAGAAGUGGGAAUCCAUUUUUUGUGACACUGUUGAACUUUUCCAGAAAUCCAACAGGAAAAUCAAAAUGUAUCCUUUCACUUCUUCUUCGCUGAAGGAGGAUUUCCAGAAGACAAGCAGGGUGUCAGAACGCUACCUGAUCACAAGCUUGGUCCUUGUGGUCACCUUGGCCAUUCUCUGCUGCUCCAUGCAGGAUUGUGUCCGCAGCAAACCCUGGCUUGGCCUGCUGGGAUUGCUGACCGUGACGCUUGCUACCCUGACUGCAGCUGGGAUCAUCAAUCUCACUGGUGGGAAAUACAAUUCCACCUUCCUGGGAAUCCCCUUCGUCAUGUUAGGUCAUGGGUUAUAUGGGACUUUUGAAAUGUUAUCCUCCUGGAGAAAAACUAGAGAAGACCAACACGUUAAAGAGAGGACUGCAGCUGUAUUUGCAGACUCCAUGCUCUCGUUUUCUCUCACCACUGCCAUGUACCUGGUCACUUUUGGAAUAGGUGCCAGCCCCUUCACUAACAUUGAAGCAGCCAGGAUUUUCUGCUGCAAUUCCUGUAUUGCAAUUUUCUUCAACUACCUCUAUGUACUCUCCUUUUAUGGUUCCAGCCUGGUGUUUACUGGCUAUAUAGAAAACAACUACCAGCAUAGUAUCUUCUGCAGAAAGGUGCCAAAGCCAGAGGUAUUGCAAGAGAAGCCUGCAUGGUAUAGGUUUCUUCUGACAGCCAAAUUCAGCGAGGACACAGAUGAUUCAGAGGAAACGAACACUUAUGAGAGUCAUCUUUUGGUGUGGUUCCUGAAACGCUAUUAUUGUGACUGGAUAACAAACACUUACGUCAAGCCUUUUGUAGUUCUCUUUUACCUUGUUUAUAUUUCCUUUGCCUUAAUGGGCUACCUGCAGGUCAGUGAAGGGUCAGACCUGAGCAACAUCGUAGCGACCGCGACACGGACCAUUGAGUAUACAACUGCCCAGCAGAAGUAUUUCAGUAACUACAGCCCAGUGAUUGGGUUCUACAUCUAUGAGUCGAUUGAGUACUGGAAUACCAGUGUCCAGGAGGAUGUGCUGGAGUAUACCAAGGGCUUUGUGAGGAUAUCUUGGUUUGAAAGCUACUUAAAUUACCUUAGGAAACUCAACAUAUCUACUGGAUUGCCCAAGAAGAAUUUCACUGAUAUGUUGAGGAACUCCUUCCUGAAGACCCCUCAGUUUGCCCAUUUUUCAGAGGAUAUCAUCUUUUCCAAGAAAUACAACAACGAAGUUGAUGUCGUGGCCUCCAGGAUGUUCUUGGUGGCCAAGACAAUGGAAACCAAGAGGGAAGAACUUUAUGACCUCUUGGAGACCCUGAGGAAGCUCUCUCUCACCUCCAAGGUGAAAUUCAUUGUUUUCAAUCCAUCAUUUGUGUACAUGGAUCGUUAUGCUUCUUCAGUGGGAGCACCUUUACAAAACUCCUGCAUUAGUGCUUUAUUUCUGCUCUUCUUCUCUGCAUUCCUCGUGGCAGACUCUCUGAUCAAUGUCUGGCUCACUCUAACUGUUGCCUCGGUUGAAUUUGGAGUUAUAGGUUUUAUGACCUUGUGGAAAGUGGAACUAGAUUGUAUUUCUGUGUUGUGCUUAAUUUAUGGAAUUAAUUAUACAAUUGACAACUGUGCUCCACUGUUAUCGACCUUUGUCUUGGGCAAAGAGUUCACAAGAACUAAAUGGGUGAAAAAUGCCCUGGAAGUGCAUGGGGUAGCUAUUUUGCAGAGCUACCUCUGCUAUAUUGUUGGUCUGAUUCCUCUUGCAGCUGUGCCUUCAAAUCUGACCCGUACACUGUUCAGGUGCUUGUUUUUAAUAGCAUUAGUCACCUUCUUUCACUGCUUUGCCAUUUUACCUGUGAUACUGACUUUCCUGCCACCAUCCAAGAAGAAGAGGAAAGAGAAGAAGAAUCCCGAAAACCGUGAGGAAAUAGAGUGUGUUGAAAUGGUGGAUAUGGAUAGCACCCGAGUGGUUGACCAAAUUACAACAGUCUAACUUGUUUGUUUGUUGCUUUUUUUACACUAGGUCUUACUGAGAGAAAAAAAAAAGAAAAAAAGAAACCAGUACUGACUAAAUAUCUGAGGAGAGGAAGGGGUUUGGAUGUUUUCCCUCCCCCCCCUCUAAGCUAAAUGCAGGAAGAUUCAAAAUGAUGGGAGAAAUGAAAAAAUUUUUUUUUAAAGAGCUGGGGGGGAUUGUACCUUGCUCAGCUCCUAUAACAGGUAUUACGAGAGAAUUUGCACACGCAUGCAAAGGGGGGUUGAAUUUCAGAUGCAUGGAGUAAGAUCUAAUGAGAGAAGUUGGGUUCUUAAGCAGCCGUCUGCGUGGUCUGUACUGCAGAUGCUGCAAUUAUUGUGGCUAAACCAAAUCAGACUGAAAGGUCAACUGUCAAGGCUGAAGUAGCACUAAAUGUUCGCUGGAUGUAAAGGCUUUACAAACUUUCUGCACAGCAAUAACUCAAGUCAGUGAGUCAGCUCUUAUAGGUCUUAGCCAUCACAUUUAAUUUUUCUUUUCUCCCCUAAUUUAAACAUUUAUGCAAGACUGUGUAAAAGAUAGCAAACUGUACUGGGAAAGAAGGCAGUACACAGCAACCAAAUGUGUUCCAAACACUUUCAUGUUAUAAAUCACUUCUUUUUUCCUAAAAAUAUCAUUAUUUUAAAAUGUAAAUCAUCCCUUGUAACAUUUUUAAUCAUGGUUUUAUAGCUGUUUCUUUUUCUUAUAAAAACAAAAAAGAACAAAAAAAAAAAAGAAAAAAAAUCCCAGUGACUCUGUCACUCUAGAAAAUAUAUAAUUUUAUUUUAUACAUGUCUCGCUUCUAGUUAAACAUGUAAUCUGCUUUACCAACUGUAAUUUUGUUAGCACUCUACUAACACAUGAGUGGAUCUAGCAGCAGACAGAAGAUGGUGUACUGAAUAUUUCAGCACCGAAAUCCAUGACACAAACCUCAAAUACUAAAAUGUCAUCAAGAAAGUGAAUGUUAGGGCUCUUCUAGUGAGAGCCUAUUUCAGGCCAUUCACUGGUAAUGCACACUAAGAGGAUUAGUGGGUAGUUUUACAUAACGUAUAACUUAAUCCCUCAAUCUUCCCAGAGUACCUGUAAAGCAACAGGCCUUGCAGCUAUGGGCUCUUCCAAGAGACAGUCGACCAUCAGAGUUGUAUGGAAAACACCCAAGGUUGGGACUGCGGUUUAGCAACCACAAGUUUAACAACGUCCCCAAAGGGGCCUAUUGAAAACAUCACAUCUGAGAGAAGGAAAAAAACCAAACCAAAACAAACAAACCAAAACUUAAAAAUAUUGCAUUACUGAGUCUUUUUGGAGCUGUGAGUUCUAAAUCAAUAAUUCUGUCAGCAUCUGUGAUGUGGAGUAAUACAGAUAAAGCAGCAUCUCGUUCCUCCUCCACCCCCUCCACCCUUAAAAGCAACAGGCUCAUUACUGUGAGGUUUUAUCAUGAGGUUGAACCCCAGUGGGGUUAUAUAAGCCAAUUCUGUAGGUUUUGCUGAGAGUAUUCUGACUAUACAUUGCUUGUGAAAACCCAGUUGCAGAAAGCUGGCUGGUGUGUCGGGUGGUCUCAUGAAUAUAUGAUGUACGGACCAUUGCUUUUUGGUUCAAGAUGAAUGUAUUGCAACCUGACUCCUUUUCACAGCUCACCCAGAAAGUAAGAGCACUUGAAAAGUUCUCAGCAGUUGGCAAAGUGUUUGCCUCAAUGACAGCAUCUGGAGCAUGAAGGGAUAUUGCAGGAGCCAUGGGGCUUGGACCUCUGGGAGCGCUGUGGCUCAGGAGGCUGCCUGUUCUCCAUGCAGUGAUUAGUACGUACCACAGGGUCACAAACCCAGGGUAUGCUUCAUUGCAUGAAACUUCUCUUUAGCAUCCAAUCCCAGUCAUCCCCCAAAAUGCCCUGUGCAAAACCCGCAAAUGCCACCUAGUGAAUAUUCAUUUUCAAGCAAAGAGAUACUUCUGAAGCUUCCUUCCUAGCAGAAAAUAAGAUAACCAGAUAUUUUGUCCUGAAGCAAAAUGUUACACACUGAUUAGCAAAACAAGUCAGUGGUGCAGUUGGCAACGUUUAUUUUCCCCUGGAUAAGUCCCUUCUCUGACCAGAAGGAAAGGAAGCUGUGUCCAGAAACGCACAGGCUCUUUGCUUGAACAAACAACAUUUGCUGCUGGGAAGCUGUAACAACUUCAGCCUUGGCAGAAAUCAGACGGACACCUUGAAGACAGCCAAAUGAAUGUGGGGCUACGGGAAAGAUCUGUUUCCCCUGUUUUCCUUAGACUCAGGCCUGAGGCUAUGUUUUUCAGCCAAAAAUUAUUCCUUAAGUAAUACUUCACUGUAGAUUUUAUGUGAUGGUUAUUAUGUCAUUUGAAUAACAGUCACCUUAUCUCCUGGCUGUCAACAGGCAGCUGUAGUGGCUUUUAAACUUCUGAGGGCAUUAGCAAAUUAGUUGAGAGUUACAGAGGAAAUAAUACAAACUGCUUUUGGCAGCAGCAAUCUACUGGCUUGUGGGACACCUGAAAAUGGAAGAUGUGUGAAAGAGGUUGUUUGUACACUGCAGAGAGGAAUACAUGGCUAACACUGAUUUUACACCUCUUCUAUCCCUGAUGCUGUCACUUGCAAACACCAGACGCAAGAUGGCUACCAUAAACCUCUUCACAUCUAAUUGAAAUGCAUAGAUAGGAGCAUCUUUAAAGAGAUGUCCAAAGACAAGCUUGUAGUUUCACAGAUCUCAUUAAAUCUCAGCAUGUGAGGCCUUCAGAGAUCUUCGAGAAAGGUGAUAAAACCAGCGAUAAAGUUACUCCUCUAUCACCAAACCUGUCACAAAAAAGAAUGUAGAGGUGCUCCAAUGGCAAAGUGCUACAGGGCAUGCCUGGGAGUCCACAGAAGACAGGGUGAGCAGUCAUGCAGCCCAUUCCCUUGCCCCAAGGCAGAGCACAUGACAUUUAAAUCUUUUCCGAAGAAUGUUUGCCCGCCCCAUUCCAAAAAUCUUUUUAAAGGCAGAUUCUUCCCACCAGUGCCAUGUUACCUCAUGAGUAACUAGUAACUCCUACUGUUUGCCUUGUACUGGGAGGGGGAAGAGGAGCUGUGCCCAGGGAAGGACAGGACAGGCAGGAGGCAGUCUCUGAAGCUUCCCCAAAGAAAAGCCAAAAACAACCACCGUACAUUUUUCACUGUGUUUCACCUCAAUCUGCCAGCCUACUCUCCACCUUCAGGCUUAGUGAGGUAAAGCCAUGAAAAUGUCCAAGGCAUACUCAGCCCAGGUCUGUGAGAUUUCUGCCUGAAUCCUGAGGCGUCUGAGCGAUGCACCAAAUACUCCUUCUCUACAGGAGAGGCUUGAAUACCUCAACAGAAACCAGAAACAGCAUGUUCUCAGUUUCAGACUAUGCUAAUCCACUUUGGCCUUCCUCCUCUUUGACUUUUUCCUCUGGAGCUAUUAUCUUCACCAAAGUCAACUGGUCCUCACUGCGCCAAUUGAUUAAUAGAUGCAGAUGCUGUGCUCUGUCUCAGUCCAAAGCUCCCCCAAUGGCUAACUGUGCAUCAGAUUUUACCCUUACUGAUGAAUCUCCAUUUUGGAAGACUACCUAGGCUUAAACAGUUUUUUGUCAUAAUCUUAAGUGGCUUUUUAACCCAGGUAUCACUGUGGUUUUAUUUGCAAUACAGAUGACCCAAUUUUUGUAUAAAUUCAGAGAGUAGAACAGAGUAUGAUACACUGUCAGGCACUAAUUAAAAUCUAACAGCAAAAAUUUAAGCUAAGGCUAACAAGACUAUAUAGGACUGUGGCUCACUGGGCACAUGUAUCUUCUACAAACAUUACAAUUUCCAUACAGUAAGGUAUAGUGUACAGUAUAUUUUUACUACAGGGUAAGCGUGGGGAAAAAGAACCAGCCUGAGUGCAUAUGACCAUCUAGAUCAGUCCAGUUUUCUUGUAACAUAAUUCCUAAUGUUGUCUUAGCACAAGUUCAUUUUCGAUUUACAAGUAUUCUAAUGAGAGGAAAAAAAUGAAGAGCGAAAAGUUGGUAUAACUGGAAUAACUAUGCUAUAAAAAUUAAUCGAUGAAACCAGAAUUUUCUGCCCAAAGCUUUAUGUGAAAAUGUUCUAGUUAGAUUAAAAUUAGAGCUGUGAAGGUUGAGAAAAAGCUAUCUGGCAAAGAAAAAGAACUUCUUUUCCAAAGACAAGCAAACACAUUUAUCAUGGUCAACUGCAUGAACCUGGAGGGAAAACAGUACCAAAGUGGCCUGAGGUUACAUUGAGCCACGUGAGGAUUCGCAUCUGCUCUCAGAAGCUUUCUGAGCCAGCGCUGAAUUCAGGUAAAAUGUGUACUAUAAAUUGAAAGGUGUACUUUUAAAUGCUCUUCUCUAGGCUGACUGUCCUCCUGUGAGCUUCCAAAUCCCACCUCAGCCAACACCUUGUUUAUUUUUAUUAUUCCAAGAGAAAAACAAAACAGAGUGGCGGCACAACUGGGCAGAGUUCGGGAGAGUCAGAAGGAAGACCAUGACUUCUCUUGAAAACAGUGAGAAAGACAGAAACAGCUCUUUAGCAAGUGGGCUUUGUGGAAGAAGAACCAGUUGCUUCAAAACUUAGCAAACCAGUGUUUUGCCUAAUUGUUAACUUUGGAAGCAGAUAGCAUGUUCAAGGAGAUGCAGGGAAGUGAAGCAGAGUUAGCCUGGGGUUCGCUGUGGACCCCCAGUUACUGUAGCUACUCUCAUGUGGCUGGGAGCACAGAGAGGCAGGGGCAGCUCUGCUGUGUGGCAUGGGAGAUGCCAGACCAGCCACUGCAGCAGGGUCAUUUCCCAUGUCCCUGUCCCACAGUCCAGCCUGGCAGCUCUCAGGGCGUGUGCAGCCCACAGCAUGUAGGAGCUCCCAUGCACACACAGCUAGCUCUUUGUGUGCCUCACAUUAUGACAGUGCUGCUGGGGUUUGCUGAACAGAGCUUGCGUGGCAAGGCCUGAACCCCAUGAGUAGCCACUUUUUGGAAGACCUUGGUCAGAAAGGAUUACCCACAGCUUUUUUUCCCCCGGCAUUUAUGGGUGUUAAAACCCCAGUCCAUACAAACCAAGUUGUACAAUUAGCUAUGUAGGGGCAAAGUAUUUCUUCCAUGGCUUUAUCCCUACAUUUAUCACUAAAACUACUUGUCAUUUAUUUUCUUAUAAAUAUUUCAAAAUAAGUAAGCCUUCCUGGGAUACACACAAGUGCGAUGAGAAGGGGGCAUGGGGGUGAGAGAGCCCCUUCCCCUCCCCAAAGGUGGGCAGCAUCUUCCACCCAUAGGCUAGGCACCACACCAUCGCAGCAGGGCACCCCCAGGGACUCCAGCCCGGUGCAGGGGUAGGGAAACCUUAUCUCCCUUCACCCCCUCCCCAGUUUCAUUAGAGAACAGGAAGGAGCUCUAGCUCCAAACUGUGGGGUGUUUUUGAGAAAGACAUGGCAAAGGCAUCCCGGGGGCAGAAUUCACAUAUGUAUUCCUGCCCAUGGUGCAUAGGUUGGAGCAGGGCAGCAUGCCCCAACAUGCCACCGCUCACCCUGUCGUGGUCCUGGCACAGCUUCCUGCCUGGAGAGAGGGCACCUCAGCAUCACCUGUGGCUGCCUGGGGCAGCUGCUUCUCAGGCAAGAGAUGGUCUGAUGUCAUUGGCGUUCUGCAAGUCAUCAUCUUUUUUAAUUUGGGAAAAGGAAAAAUAUCAGCAUAAAUAAUUCUAGAUUAUUUAAACUCCAAGAAGUCUUAAACUGUGCGUCAAAUAAAUGGCUUGCAAGAUGUCAGGGGUUUUCGUUUGGGUUUUUUUUAACCUAUUUUUACUAUUUUUGUAUUAAUUUAGGGAAAAAAAUUGUAUAAUGAAUCUCAAUGUAUAGCAUAAGCCUAAAAUAAAACGGCUGUCUCUCUCUUUGCUUCCUGUGCUCCCAAACUGCUAUACAAAUCCCAUGCCAUCACCAACCUAACAAACUGAUUUGCCUGGCCUAAUCCAAAUAAUCUGUCUGUGUGUCCUCUCCAACAUCAGAGAUGUCCUUCUCCAGUAGUCCCUCUUGUCCCAGGCUGCACAAUGCUCAGCAGCAAGCGCAGGGAAAAUGCAUUCACUUCAUAUCUAUUCAUUUCCAUGUCAGUGGGAUCCAUACCCUUUUUGCAGGGAGUUCCUAGCUAAUCCAGCAGCAGAACCUCAACCUGAGCAGGCAAACCAAGAUAUAAGGUAAAAUCUCAAACUGAUUUGAUCAAAAAUUUAGGGUUAUCAUCUGCUCAGACAAGAACUAGACCUACUGAGAUAUGGUAGGUAGACCUGAAGUAUUACUAUUGAACAGAAUACUUACUGUUAAAAGUUUCUUACCAACACCUUAGCAUCCCCAGACUUAGGAAGCCACAUCAUCACUGGGAGACCCACGCUCCUAGACCCACACUCCUUACUCCCACAGCGACUGCCACAGGAUCUUCCCAUGACUGUGGUCUAUCAUACUCUUCCCGCACUCAGGUAGACCACCCAUUUACAACUUUUCCCAAUAUUUUGGGGAAGGAGAGCAGCAACCCUGAACCAACUGGUUCAAUGAAAAAACAAACCACCAUGCCUAGGAACAAAGAUGAUAUUUACAUCUGCUUUUUUACACCUGGUUGCAACAAUUAAAUAAGAAUCCGUUUACUAUAAAAAGCAGGUGAGCCAGACCAAAACCCAGUCACUGCAAACACUAGCAGGCCUGAGAGCUAAUGGGGUUUUGCCUGCCAAGGGCUUAAGGCCACUUCAGUUUAAUGGGAAUUUUGGGUCUGCAAUUUAAAGGUGACUCCUGCCACCUGUUACAGCUCCUGGCCUUGUCCCUUCCAGUCAUUCUUUUUUGUGUUGCCUUAAAUUCAGGAUCCACAAGCACUGUUGGCAAAAAUUCUGUCUGAAACAGAAAAUCAAAUUACAUCCAUUUUCUAAUUGCUAAUCUAAUGUAAAAGAGGCUACAUCUAAGCACUGCACAGGAACUCAAAGGGCAAAACUCCCAUACAAGACUGGUGUGCCUCAUUUGUCUGUGUUAGCAAGAGCUCCUUCACGCAAUUCUCCGUAGAUCUAAUUUACAAAAAUCAGGCUUUUCAAAUGUUUAAUCAGUAUGUUUUCUUCUGAAAAAUCAUCAUUAUGUGUAUCUUCAAAAUAGAGGCAUGUUAAGUCUGAUUUUUAGGUUACAGAGGAAUACAGUUGAGCCCAACAAACAUUCACAAGUGACAAGGCUGAAUUCCAUGUGCAGUUCUCACACUGCUGCACACAAAUCAGAAUAUUGUCAUUCCAAAACACCACAUUUCCUUAUUUGUACCACUAAUUUGCACACAGAAACUAGGCAGGAUUACAGACUCAAAAGAGUGAUGUGUGCUCGUGUUUACAUUCAACCUGUAAUUAUCACUUAAACAUGUAAAGAUUAAUGGCAAUAUAGAACUUACUGAGGAGAACAGGAUUUGUUUUGCCGACUUGAGCUUGCCGGCAGAGAAUAACUGAAAUAUAUGCCAAGCACCUAGCUAGAAAGAGCUGGGAAAUAAGACAUCUAACGGUCCAUCAGCAGAACAAAAGUUCACUUAAAAAUUUAUACAUAUGGGAAACGUAAGAAUCAUGUUAAAGACAUUCGUAGCUGGGUAAUCCAGACUAUAUACAAUGGAGUACUUUAUAAAUAAAUGCAGAAUAUUCUACUCUGAUUCUCUUUGCCCACACUCAGUCCCCUUAAAUAUGCUCUAUUCUGUGAGCAGGCAUACUUUCGAGUAAGACUGACACUUAUCUUCCUAGAAAUUGCCAAAUUGCGCAGGUGAAGUUUGCUGGAAACAAAAUUUUAAAUGUAUACAAACAAAUUGAUGCCAGAAAACACAAUUUGCAGAAAAUAUGCCUUCACAUACUGAUUAUAUUUCAUAAUAAGCAAUCUGUUCACUGAUGCUACAAGUAAAAAUGAUUUCAUAUUUGUCAGCUAUAUUCAGAAAAAUGAGAUGCCCCACUAAUGUAUAUAUAGUGCAUACACCCCCACACCAAUUAUGUAUUUUUUAUACGCCCAACUCAAGUUGGCUCCAUAUAAAGAGGAGGAAAAGCCAACCCAGCAACAUAGUUGAAAGCUGGUAGGAAGAAUAGUUUAGCUGUCCUGAAAUUAGUAAUGAUUCAGCAGGGGAGGAGCAACAGAGAAGUUGAUGAGGAGUUUAGGAAUAAAGAAGCUAGCUGCAGAAAUGCAGAGCUGUUAGAAAGGGAAAUACUCAGAUUUUAUUGUGUCAGGCAGAUGGGAGAGUAAUGAUAUAAAAACUUCAGAGUUGCAAAGCCAAGGAAGGGCUAAGGUAGAAUGAGGGGUGAGCAAAAUUAUAUGUGCGUAUGUAAGAUUUGCAGUUGUACUGUGUAUUAAGGCUGUCUAAUAAAAGACAGAGUCUGUCCAAGUAUGGAAAAUAAAAAUUCACAGCUGCCUAAUUAUAUGAAUUCAGAUAUAGAUUCAGUACCUCAUUGCUUUGGAAUAAAAGGUGGAUAUCAUUCAUAAUCUAAUCUGGAGCCCAGAACUGGAGACUUUAGCGUGAUAUAUAUAUAAUAUCAUACAGAAAAAGAGAUCAGUCAAAUAGAUUCUGGCUCAUAACUUACUGAAAAAAAAACAAAUGGACCCUCACUUUUAUGGCAACUCUUUCUUAGAGAAAAGCAGAUGACUUUUAAUGUUUCUGAAAUAGCCAUAUGUUCUGAUAAAAUGCUCAUAUGUUGGAGGGAUUUUUUUUCCUUUCUUUUGAAGAUGAGAUCAGUUUUCUUUCUGGACAAAGUGAGCCCUCAGGCACGUUACCUAUGGUGGGAAGUGGGAAAUACUGGCUCUCUUAAGGUGAUUCCUGAGUGGAGAACAUCUGCAAUUAAAUUCGUCUCUUUUCUUUCCUCUCAGUGUGCUAUUGCAAACUGUUCCAGACUUGCCUAUUGACAGUUUUACCAAUGAGUGUACCGUAUCCCUUGCUGCAAGAGAGGUGGGAUUCUGCUGAGCAUCUCCUGGUGUUGGCUCCAGGGGCAGUAGCUGUGUUAUAAUUUCACAAUUAUUCCUGCUCCCUAGCCCCUCUGAUGGGAGCCAUUUCUGGCAAUAGUUUGGAUCUUACUGAAAGGGUGGCUGCAGCAGUUAUCACAGGAAAGACAGCAACAUUUUGCUGCUCUGACAUGCCUCUGGCAUAUACAGGUGACAUAACAUAUAUUAUUACAUCUAGAAAGGAGAAGCAUUCAAAGCUCAGUGUCAGGACAUCAUAUUAUAUUUAAUAUCACCAUCUCUGCGGAUGUUUGUUAUACAGCAGAUUUAUAAUGCCAAACUUGCAAAAAUAGGGAGAGUAAAGAGAGUGAGAGAGAGAAUACCAUUUAAACUACACUUUCAGCACUCUCCAAACCUCUCCAUCAAAGAAAGAGUUAUUGCCUCGCAGUCAGUGGUGACACCAAGCCUGAAGAAUCUAAUUUACAGGAAAAAGGUUAAAAGAACUGGCUUAGAAAGGGGAAAUCUGGAGCAGAGAUAUGUGACUUCAGAAUUAUGGAAAGGAUUGCUAAGAUCGGUGAGUUCCUUUUUUUUGCCCAGUGUGUGCUUCAAAAGCCAAGAUCUCAGAAUCCAAAAUGUUUGAAGUGAAAAGCAAAUAAUAAAUUUAUGGAGAACAUUUCACAGGUAAAAAUGAGAAAUACAUAUUCGAAACUGGAAAGUCAAGGGAGACAAAAAGUUGACUCAGAUGAGAAAUGCCUAAAUUUAUUGUAGAUAGCUCCAUAAAAACCUGAUUUAUAGGUUACAGAAAAUUUCCCAUAUGUACUCACAGCCCUGGAGAGCUCUUCAGGUGGUCUGUUCCAGCAACAGGCUGAAAAUAAGGUAAGAGUUUUAAAUUAUUGACAACUGCAAGAAACAGAUAUAAACUGAGGAGCCUGGGUAAGGGAGAAAUGGGGGGAAAAAAAAAAAAGAUGAGAAAAAUACUUUAAUGAUGUACUUUUUGUGUACAUCAGCACCUCUCCACAGACUUCACAGGAGUUAUAGCUAGUAACAUUUGUUUAAAGCACUGCCCAUCACAUUCCAGACAACUGUUUUCCUCUUCCUCUUGAAGCCAAAGGCUGAGUUUUGUUUUGUCAGUCCAUGUUCUAAAGUCAGACAGUCCCUUUGACACUGCCCCAGUGACUGAGGACCUAGGACACAGAGGAGAGCACAGACCAGCAUGGGUAUAAUGGGAAACAACCCAUACCCGAGCUACUGCAGGGCAAAGCUUUUUUAGUCCUUCACCAAAGAGCUGUGCUAAAGAGGGCAUUCAUAUUUUUAAUGUUCUUUAAAAGCUUACAAGAAUAAUCAGCCUCUGCGGUGCUCUGUAGAUGUGCUAAGAUGUACAUGUGCUCUGGAUGCCAUCCAGGCAUAUUUAUGCUUGCGCUUUUCCAGUGCUUGGUAGCCUUCAGCCUUUGGCUUCAUGCCAUGCAGCUCUUCUGAGAUUCAUAUUGCUGGCUUUAUUGAGAUAACUGUUUGGUGAAAAAGACUUUGUUUAGAUCAAACAAAUCUUUUAAAAUAUUUUAUUCACACCAGAAGGUUUUCCACACCUGCCAUCUCUAUCCUCUGUUAGUACAUUUGGAAAUGAAGGUGGCCACAGCGGGAAGGAGAGAAUUGGAAAGCAAGUGAAAGUCCCAUUAUUUUUGCUAAGUGGCAGCUGAUUUUAUGAGGCUCAAUUAGCAGUGAUUUUGUGAGGCUCAUUUUCCACUACCAAAUUUUUGAAAGGUGCUCAAUAUUCCACUACUAAGCCAGGAGGAAUUAUGGGGUUUCAGUAUAAUCCAAACAGCUGGCUUCAAAACAUGCUGCCCAGUGGAAAUAAAAUGCUGGAAGGAACAGGAGAGGAGAAUAGGGUUGUUGGAUUUGAGAUUGUCAGCAGAAAAUACUGGGAUUUCUUUAAAAGUUCACAUUUUUACCUUUGUUCUGAUAGGAAAGUCUUACUGAGUCUGACAAAUUUGAAGCAUAUAAAAUCAUUUACAAGAACUUCAGUGCAGGAGGGGAGAGGCAGAAGGUGAGCUGAGAAAAUGUAUCUUUUCUGACUUUCUUCUUUAAUGUCUCAGCCUUGUCACGGAGCCAGGUAGCAGUAUGCCCAGUAUCAAAUCAGUGGAGUACCUGUGUUCGGAUACAAUCGUUUUAUAGAACAGUAAAGUAGUAAAUAGUUCCCUAGUAAGGCAGAUAACCACCAACCUUAUUUCAAAAUGCUGCCAAAGGGAAGGAAGGUAUUGAGGUAUUGAGCUCUAAAUCCAUCAGCCAGGGUCAAAAGAACUGCAGGUGAGCAGCACUUCACAGGAAGGCAAUAGUAAAUGCAAACAAUAGCAAAAAACGGAUUUGAAUGCAGAAUCAGCUAAACAUCAUCACAAAAUCUGCUGAUCAAGGGAAAAUAAAGCCAGGCAAAGAUCAUCAAAGUCCAGAACCUCUCUACAGUUUUUAACUUCUUGGUAUGGUUUAUGUGUAAUGUCGCCAGUGCCCUAGUGCUCACACAUCAUUCAAAACCAGAAUUGUUUCUUUAGACAUAGUUCCCAUUAAAAUACAUUAAGUCAGCCAAUGAGCAAAUAUAAACCAUACUUAGGUGGCCAAUCCUCAAUCUCAAGUAGUCAAGGAUCAUCCUUUAUGGCUAUCCCCAUUCCUAAAAUGCAUAUCAAAUACAUGUAUUUCACAGAAUAAUGGCAAAAAAUCUAUACAAAUUCUAAUCUACCUGAAAAAAACAAUUUGCUUUAAAUAGGCCAAACAAAAUACAAAAAUUGUUCCCAGCAAAUAUUUUUAUAAGCUCUAAAUGUGAAGCUAAAGUAGCUCUAUUCAAGCCUUCUGAAAAGAAUUAGAGGGAAUGAAUGUGAAAAAGCACAUGGAGUACAAUUUAAAGAAGCAAGCAAGCAAAUCAUGACCAGAGUAUAUCUAUAAAACCUUGGCAGUUGACCUUCGCUGUGUGAGGAUGGUAAGUGGUUUGGAGAAUCA